CACAUAAGUUACUGUUUCAAUGAUCCAGAAAGCGAUAUGGUCUUGUGGGGAAAAUUCAAAGACCUUGAGAAAACCAAGAGCUUUCCGAAGACCGUAGUGGAGAGUUUACCCUUUAUUCGUGGUUCCACGAUCAUUGUUGCUUACGCGAAUUACUAUCCGCAUUUUAAGCGUCACUCAAACGGCUCAAUAAGUGGUUUCUACGCUGACGUCUUAAAAGCUGCGCAAACAUAUCUUGGAGUGCAUUUUGAAUAUAUUCCGUCAGUGGAUGGACAUUGGGGCUCAUUGCUCGAAAAUGGGUCUUACAACGGAAUGGUAGGCAUGGUUGAGCGUCGCGAAGUGGACAUGGCUCUACCCGAGAUAUCCUAUACCUACGACCGAAGUUCGAUCUCAGACUAUCCAUUCGCUUUAAACAAGGAGCGUCAACAAAUUCUGGUCCAGAACACUUUCACCCAAAACAGCCUGGAUUUAUGGACCUACAUGGACCCUUACUCCUGGUGGUUUUGGUACACGACGUUGGCCAUGAUGACCCUGGCCACCACAUUAGCCCACUUAUUUCAAUGGGUCGAGAAACAGGGGCCAGGGUCAGAAUGGAUGCAGGACCUAAUUUAUGUUAUGAUUGGCAUUGGGAUCACCACCAUGCCCAAAUGCACCUCCUCUAGGAUCUUCUUCUUUUGGUGCGCCCUCUUGGGUUAUGUCUUCGUGGCUUCCUAUACGUCAGUGUUGUCGGCCAGUCUCAUUGUGAAACGCUUUCAAGUGCCCUAUGCAGAUUUGUCGGAUCUGGCCAACCAGGACAUGGAUUUUUCAUUCUUGAUCCGUGACGGAUCUGCCGCUCAUACUUUCUAUCGGAAGGCUCAAGCAGGCACAAUUGCGAACAAAUUGUGGAAACGCAGCAAGCUAUUCAAAUCGGUGAAUGAAGGGAUCCAAGAAGUGAUGAAUUCGAGGGACAUCGUGAUGCAAGCAGCCGUGGGCGACUUUCAAUACCUUGAAGAGUAUCCCUGUGAGGUGUAUGCAAUGCCAUGGAAUGCCAUGACCGAUCUAGCCGGUUUGAUCCUUCAAAAGAACUCUCCGUACACGCAAACCUUUAAGGAGCUCUUCCUCCUCCUGGAACAAUCCGGACAAUUGGAUCACUUGCGAAUCAAAUGGAAGCUAUCCGUCAUCAAAAGAGUGGAAGAAUGUGACAAGGACGAUCGCUCUCUGGGAUUUUCAAAAUGCGUCACGGCUUUUCUUGUCGUCCCGUUGGGCGUGGUUUUGGCUCUAGUCAUGGUCGUUAUCGAGAAAAUCACCAUGCUGUAUCGUACGACAAAAUCGUUAAACGCUCGCCAACAAUCAAAAUGGCCAUGAUAAACAAAUAAUGGUCAUCGAUUGGAAUAGCCUCCGCUAAUCUCAUCGCGUUAUUGUCCUCUCUGUCUUUACUUCGAACAUCGGUUCAGACAAGAAGAUAUUUUCGAACCCUCCGUUCCCUUCGGAUCGUUUGUGUUGGCUCUCGAGUGUCUUUUUCGUGCCUCUAGUAUCAUUUUCAAAGCCAAGACAACACACAAAUUCCUUGAUACACUUUCCACUUUGAGGGGGGAGGGACCGGGGAGCUCAAGUAAGCGCAUUCUUAGAGAAUGGCAAAAAUGGCAACUGUAUGCAGUCCAAACGAACAGAUUAUACUUGUUUUAAACUUAUUUGGACCCUUUGGAAGAAGCUACAUCAGACGGCUUGAAACUUUUGAAUUUUUUUCGUAUAUACUCAUUAACACUUCGAUAAAUUCAUUGCUUCGCUGAUUGUUGCUCUUUAUUGUGUUUGCCAAC